AUGCUCGCUGCUCUGGUUCCGUUCAUCCUACCACACAAGCACAGCGUGCACGACAACGACUCGCCGGUGCCGAAUCGAAAACGCUCAGCUCCGGUCGAGGCACAAGAUGACUUGGCGGGCGACUCCUCUUCAGAUGAGGAGGGCCACUACCUCUCUCCGAUGGAGGAGAGCGAGGAUGAAGCAGAGUCGCUGAGCAUGCACGACGUCUACCCAGACCACGAGGAGGAAGAGGAGUCCUCCUGCAUGAUGCUGGAGGACCUCCACAGUCACCCCCGCUUCAACCUGCUGACCGAGCUGCCCACCGAGAUCCUCUUCCAUGUCCUCCAGUACCUCAGCCCCCGACACCUCCUCUCCCUGCGCCUGGCCAACCGGUGGCUGCACCAAGUGUGUGGAGACGACCACCUGUGGCAUGGCUUCGUGAGGAGCCGCUGGCCGUCGCCGCGCCACUACGGGUCCACCCAGGGCAUGGCCGACGAGUCGUGGGCGCAGGCCUACGAGCGGAUGGAGUGGAACACCAACCGGCCGGUCGUGCUCAAGGGCUGGCUCUACGACUUCCCGUCGCUCUUCGCCGCGCCGCUCGAGCUGAGCCGCGACUCGAUCAGUGCCUACCGGCGCGAGCGCCACUACGCCACGGAGAUGGCCCAGCAGGAAGAGGAGGAGGUGCUGCAGGUCCAGUUCUUCCUCUCCCACUGCAGUGGACCCACCGAGCGACGCGAGAAGAAGGCCACCGUGUGGUACUCCAACGACAAGCUGGGUCGGGCGUGGAACAAGACCCUGGCCGACGUCAGCGGUGGCGUGCGGCCGCCGCUCAAGGCCCUCACGCACAGCACGGUGGUGAUCAGCAUCAACACGACGCUGGUGGGACUCGACAAGUGCACCGGCCAGGAGCUGUGGCGACACAAGCUCUUCUGCAACUACCUGGUGGCUGCCACGCAUGAGGAUCGCGACAUCGUCUACGCCGUGGGCUGCGAUGACAUGGUCUACGAGGGCCGCAUAGUCGUGCGCGAGCGGCCGCUCGUCGCACUCGACGCUCGCACCGGCCGCGAGUUGUGGCGCGCUGAUCUCCUCCCGCUCAGCAACGACAUGCGCUGCGAGCCCUCCAAGCCCAUCGUUCUCUCGCCCAAUUACCUGAUGACGUCGAUCGAGGACUUCCCUCCGUGCCCGUCGUCGUCGCUCAUCGUCAGCGCCAAGACCGGCGCCGUCAGCUUCGUCGUCAAGGGGGAGGUGACGGCGUGCGUGCAUGCCAAUGACAAGCUGGUGAUGAUCAAGGACGGUCGCGGCAGCUGCCACACGCUCGCCGGAGAGCAGGCCUGGGAGCUGUCCAAGACGUUCAGCGGCCGGGUGGGCGCCAAGGGGGGCAUAGUGCCUCUCCAGGACGGCUCCUUCGUCUUCUACCACUACUCCCAUGUCAUCGACGCGGUCGUGCAGGUGGUCCUCGUCAACGCCCAAGGGCAGGAGGAGUGGUGGCUGGAGUGCGGAGGUGCCACCAACGGCACGCGGAAGAUCUACCACAGCAUCAACGCCGAGGUCAGGGGCGAAGCGGGUAUCCUGCUUACGUGCGAAUCGUCCCAAGGCUGCUGGGUGCACCUGGUGUCGUGGGAGGGCAAGACAGUGUUCCGCUGGGAGAAGGAAGAGUCCUUGAACCCAAGCCACCACUGGGUGUUGUGA